GACAGCGCUAGUAGAAGGAACGGGAGCAACGGGAGUGCGAGUGCGCAAGACGAAGACAGACGGACAGACGGUCGGACAGAGAAGGACAACAGUAACCUCAGCGAAGCGAUGUGGGAUGUCAGGAAGAGUGCUAAUCAUGGUUGCAAGCUGAGGAGGUGCCUCUCCGCCUAGUCACCGCUCCAAUUCCCGUUUGAUGCUGCCAGAAACCCUGUAUACUCGUGAUAGGCUGAUUCCUGUGAUAUAUUGCACUUUACUAUAUGAUUUAUGGCUGGGUUUGAUUGGUAUGCAGAUUUACCAAAGCCAUGCAGCAAGCUAUGCACACUUACCAACUUACAGUUAAGAUUCCUGUGUCCAGCGGACAUCCCAGAGGUGCAGGCGUUAUGUGCAGAUUGGUUUCCUAUAUCUUAUCCCUACUACUGGUAUGAAGAGAUCACGUCAAACCCAUGUUUUUACUCUCUGGCUGCUGUCUAUGAAGGGGUCAUUAUCGGUCUUAUUGUAGCUGAAAUCAAAACUCACUCAGAGCUAAAUGAUGAGGUAAGAAGACACUUUUUCUGCUUCUCAGAUUCUCCUGAUAAUUACAGCACAAACAAUUUUUGAUCCUCAUCUACAAUAUUCCAGGACGUGGACAUUUUGGCCCCAACUUUUGGAAAAGACACAUUAGUGGCUUAUCUGUUGAGCCUCGGUGUAAGUCAAACUUACAGACGAAGUGGUAUAGCAUCAGUUCUACUGGAUAAUUUAAUAUCUCAUUUGUCAACUACAUCAAUUAACAACACUCAUUGCAAGGCUCUGUUCCUACAUGUCCUUACCACCAACACACCAGCAAUUCAUUUUUAUCAACGACAUCAAUUUAAGCUUCACUCUUUUUUGCCAUACUACUAUUACAUAAAUGGCAAGAGUAAGGAUGGAUUUACAUAUGUUUUGUAUGUAAAUGGUGGACAUCCUCCAUGGGGACUAUAUGAUUAUAUGAAGCACUACUGUAAGGUGCUGGCUCACACCGACCCCUGUGCAGUGCCAGUAUGGCUUUGGACCAAAAUGCAGCUCAUGAUGCGUUGGGCAUGGCCUACAACCUGGGUGGCGAUGUGGUCCUCAUCUAGCUAGCGUUUAGAAGACACCUUCACAGAUAUCCCAGAUGUUGUAGUUCCUCCUUCAUCUCCUGAAUUACCGGAAGGAGAAGACAGCAAGGACUUCUUGUGGAGGUUGUCUUUACAAAAAAGUUUGGUGCAGCCAACUCAUCAGUCUAAAGAGCACAAUUAUUUACAUUUUUAUGUUCGUCAAAACUUUGCUGACUAAUGUAUUUGCUGUGAGCCUUUUGUUGUACUACUUGUAACUGAUCAUCACUGAAUUUUCAUCACAGUCUUACUGUCAAAUUUUUGGGUGUGCCUUCAUUAUUUUUCUCACCCAAACAGAACUUUUUCUUAAAUGUGAGAGCUUCAUGCCUAACUCUACUUUGAUCUCUAACAGAUUUUCUUGUCUUUGUUUUAACUUGUUUAGAGUUCCUAUGCUGAAGCUCAAACUAUGGUCAUCCUAUAGAAAUCUAUGCAUUUAUUUACUGUCAUUUCUUUUGUUUGAACUUUAUUGUUGUUGAUAGAUUUGUUUAAAGUUUUCUUUGUUGUCUUUUUAGCUUAUCUUAUGAAAAGGAACCAUUCCACCUUCAUAUUUCUUAGUAUCUUGCAAUUUUGUGCCGUGCUUUUUUCAUUUCUUCUCCUUUUGGCGAUAUGAAGGUGUAGCAGAUUUGCUCAUGAUAAAGCAGUAUCUGAUAUUAAAUUGUGUUUUUAAUGACAAUUUGCUACCAACAAUUAUUUGUGUGCCACAUAUAAGUAUAUAUACGAUGCGAUUGAUAAGGUAGCUGCCAGCUAACUGUGAUAACUCAUUCAUACCUGUAUACCUGUAGAAAUGGAAUUAAAAGUAAUCAUAUGUUUAUUCAAAACUACCCUACUGACAGAAUUUGCAGAACUUUUUGAUUGAAGGCAGGCAUUUUAUACCCUGUAUUAUGAUUGAGAAACUCCCACAUACAGAACUUCAGUAUGUGGUAUUUAUGCCAGUCUAGUUUAUAAACUUCCUCAUUAUCUACUAGUCGUUGUUUUAUUGUUCCAAGAUUGCACAAAUGUUAGUGAAUGUAUUCUAUGGUUUACAUUUACACUGGUGUAAUUGCAUACUAUUAAACAAAUAUUUGUAAAUA